CUUUUGCAGUGUGUGUCGUGCUGUGUUGUAACCCGGAUGUAAAACGACAUCCCUCUCCUUUGGUACCCCGUAAAUCUACUGACCAUAGAAUCGAGACACCAGUAUGUUCAAGAAAUUUGAUGAAAAAGAAAAUGUUUCUAACUGCAUUCAGUUAAAAACAUCCGUUAUAAAAGGUAUUAAAAACCAGUUGAAUGAUCAGUUUCCUGGAAUAGAUCAGUGGCUAAACCAGAUCAUGCCAAAAAAGGAUCCUGUGAAAAUAGUUCGAUGCCAUGAGCACAUAGAAAUUCUUACUGUGAAUGGGGAGCUGCUGUUCUUUAGGCAAAGAGAGGGGACAUUCUAUCCAACACUGAGAUUACUGCACAAAUAUCCAUUUAUUUUACCACAUCAGCAAGUUGAUAAAGGAGCCAUAAAAUUUGUCCUUAGUGGAGCCAAUAUUAUGUGUCCUGGUUUGACAUCUCCUGGAGCAAAGCUUUACCCAGCAGCCUCUGAUAAAGUGGUUGCGAUAAUGGCAGAAGGAAAGCAACAUGCUCUUUGUGUAGGUGUUAUGAAGAUGUCUGCAGAUGACAUUGAAAAGGUCAAUAAAGGAAUUGGCAUAGAAAAUAUUCAUUAUUUAAAUGAUGGUUUGUGGCACAUGAAAACAUACAAGUGACAGCACUUUGUAUUGGAAUGAGGAGCACUUGGAUUCAUUGUUGAUUACUUGAAGAUACUCGUUUUUAUCUGUGUGGCUGAAUGCAAAAGUCUGUUCUGAAGUUCUACUGAAUAAAUCUAUUAAAACAUAA